UGUGAUUUGAGGAAGCGGGGGUUUCCGGUUUGAAGAAGAAGGUCUUCAAGGAGAAGCUGCAAACAGAAAGUGCGUCACAGGAGAACCGCGUAAGACAUUGAAAGAAACAACAUUCUUCGAGGCAUUUGUGAAAAACAAACUCUGUAAAGAUGGUAAAAAUUGCAUUCAACUCUGCGCUGGCACAAAAAGCCAUUGCCAAAGAAGGCGAGGUGCUGGUUGCUGAAAAGGAUCCAGAAACUGCAUCUGUGUACACCAAUGAAAACUCCACUGGGAGAUGCUUGUUGACCCUGCUUGGGCUUGCGUUUAUCUUAACUGGACUUAUUGUUGGUGGUGCCUGCAUCUACAGGUACUUCAUUCCCAAGCAUAAGUUGUACCAUGGAGGAAUGCACUUCACUGAAAUGGACAGCAAUAUUUUGCCAGACACAAUGGAAACCAGGGAGCCCUAUUACCUGCCCAGGAUUGACGAGGAUCUUGAGAUCAGGGACAACAUGGCCAUUAUCAACGUCCCUGUUCCAGAGUUUGCUGAAACAGACCCAGCAGCCAUUCUCCAUGAUUUUGAUCGGAAACUGACUGCCUACCUGGAUCUGCAGCUGGAUACUUGCUAUGUGAUUCCAUUGAACACUUCUGUCGUUAUGCCUCCUCGAGAUUUGUUGGACCUCUUUCUACAAUUAAUGACUGCUUCCUACAACACAUAUUUGAUUCAAGAGGACCUGGUGGUGACCGAACGAAUUGAUGAUGUUUCCGAACUGGGUUUCUAUAUCUAUGAGCUCUGUGAGGGCAAGGACACCUACAGAAUGCAGCGCAGGAGUGACAUCAUAGGUAUCCAGAAGCGCUCACUCGGAAACUGUUUCAAGAUCAGGCAUUUCGAGAACAAGUUUGUUACUGAAACCAAGAUCUGCAGAGCCUGAGUGAAGCAGACAGGAGGAAAGAAGCUUCCAUCAGCUUAGUUGGAGUGGGGAGGGGAGGGGUAUGCGGGUGGAAUGAAAGCGGGGGGUGGGUCUGGGCUUUGUGUCAAAAUCUUAAGCUGAAAAGCAGUCAUUUUUGUGCAUAUAAUUAACCUAAGUUCUUCACCCCUGCUACCUGUUUAUCCACUUUCAGUAAACAGGAGAUUUUUUUUUACAGUUUUUUUUUUAUCUCUGCUGUGAUUCCAGGCUUGUUUAAUUUUAUAAUGGUGGUGGGGGGGGGGGGGGGGGGGGACUUUUUUGUUUCUGUUCAAAUGAGUAACAGUCCUUUUUAAAAGUGUUUUUUGUAGUAGUGAAUAAGAUUUUGGUUGUAUUCAUACUCACAUUUUCAUAACAUUUCAAGAUGAUUGUUAGCACGGUCGCUCUUCAUUUUAGUAACCUUCAAAUUUUAUGAAAACAAAUAGCUUGGCUAUUACGGCUCAAAAAAUGACCUGAUAUUUAAAUGUUGGUUAAUAGGAAAGUUAGGGAGAUUGUGUUUGCUUCCCCCUCAGGUUCAGUUUUCUAUAUUUAUUUAUUUCAGGAUUUUUUUGUUUUCAUCAGGAGUGGUAAAAGGUAACUGUAGGUAGUACUAUCUUGGAGUAUAUUAAAGAGAGAAAAUAUUUAGCUUGAGUCCCAAAAAUGUCCUCAGCAUGUUGUAUGUCACAUGUGCCUUCUGUAGCAGGAUUUAAUUUUUCACCCUUAUAACUUUGAAAAUAACUACUAUACUUUUAUUAACAUUAUUUUGUUAAACAAUCAGAAAAAAAAAAUUGUAAGACAAUAAAAUGCUGCAUAGUUUCAGUUCAGUCUUAUGAAAUAUGAAAUAUAAAAAUUAUUUUGGCAUUUUUAAUUUCAGCAGACAUGGUUGUGUGGCUUCUGGUUGAAGGUGUAUAUAUGUGUGUAAUUGAAAGGGGCCGUAGCGAACGAGUCUUUUGUAGUUGUUCUAAUUAUUUGGCAUGUAUGUUAAUGAGAAAAUACUAGCCUUAGCAGUGAAAAUAGCCUAAGUGUUUAACUAGAUCUACUAAUUACAAGACUAUACACAACUUUUUUUGAUUAUCAAUUUCUGUUACACACUGUGAAACAAAUGUAAAUGUUCACUCCUUCUGCAGUUAAACGAAUAGGCACAUGCCAGGGAUAAAAGUACACAUCCUGUUAUGAAAGCCUGUCAUUUUAAAGACCAGGUGCCACCUUUAUUAGUUGGGAGACUUGCUUCUUCAGUCUUACAGAUGAGGUCCUUUUCAGAAAAAAACAAACACUAUCUCCUAUUUAGAAACAUGGGGCUAGCUUUCAUCUGUGAUUGGAAGUACACUUGGAGGGUGGUAACAUGUUUAAUAUCUAUAGCACUUUAGUGUUUCCUGAGUGCUGUUAUGUUUAAAGUAUGAUACGGCCCUAGUUUGAAACAUUUUAUCACCCUUUGGAUAGGGACCAGGGACUUUAAGCAAUGUGAGAAGUGCAUCUUCAGUGUAGGCCCACCUUUAUAAAGAAAUAGUACAUAUGGACCACUUCAUUUUUGUCUGGAAAAGGGUCUUUGUAGGCCAUGUCCAUUGUGAUAUGUAAGGCUUAAAUGCAAAAUGUCAUUGCUAUUGAAGCAACUGCCUGUCGUGCGUCAAGGUGAUUGGUAAAUGUUGAUUGAUAUAAAGCAGUGGUACACUCUGUAGCACUAAGAGCUGCUAAGGUGGCAGUUUCCUUUUGAAAUAACAGGUUUGCUUGUAUCUGUUCUGGUUAAUCACUAAAACUGGCAUCUGCACAACAUGAGAUGGUAAGUGUUUUAUUUAUACUGCUAAGAGCCUUUUUAACUGGCAUUUAAUUUAAGUAACAUUCAGAAAUCAAAGUGGUCUGUUGUGCAAGGAGGAACAAUCAGUAAAGAGGGGUGAAACUGAAUGUCUUACCUGUGUUUGAAGAAAUAAAGGAAUUCUAAAAUACGGGAUGACUUGUAAGAAAAGUACACAAGAUUACGGCUUUGUAAGCCAUUGAAUGAAAUUCACGUUGUAAUUCUACAUUUACAAAUAAAAAAAACUUUCAAAACCCUCUGA